AUCUGCUUCGACGUGAAGUGUACAUCGCAACUCUCAAUAUGAAACAAAUCCUGAUCCUGCUCCUCUGCGCCCUGAUGUCUGAGGGCUGGGCCGCGACGCCGGUCAGCCGGGAAAUCAACUUGAAGAACUACUGCAUCGAACGCAAGGCAACUCUCGAAAACGUCGAGUACCUCCAGGGGAGAAUCGAUCACGGUCAAAAAUUGUGGCACAGAACAAGGAAAAACCUCGAGACGGCCAGGGAUGGACUUCGCAAACACGCUGGAAUGCUGGAAGAAAAAAUUUCCGCCGAGGGAGCCGAUCAUGCGGUAGUCUGUCAAGGCAGGAAGGAUGUCAGGGAUACCGCCAACAGUCUCGCAGAAUCACCCCUGAUUCUCUAGGUCACAAGAGGGCAUCCAACUCAACCGCAAUCGAGCCUUAAUUUAUCAACAGCGUAUUUAUUGAGACUCCCCUCGAAUAAAAUUAGCACGGAAAA